GGAGGCGGGGCCAUUGGGAGGCGGAAACAGCCGCAGGUAUGGCGGCGGCAGCGCCGCUUUGUCUGCUGGUGCUGCUGCUUCUCGGGCCGGGCGUCUGGGGCCAGACAGAGCCCCCACGCGACAGCCUGCGGGAGGAGCUCGUCAUCACCCCGCUGCCUUCUGGGGACGUAGCCGCCACAUUCCAGUUUCGCACGCGCUGGGAUUCGGAGCUGCAGCGGGAAGAAGUAUCUCAUUAUAGGCUCUUCCCCAAAGCACUGGGGCAGUUGAUCUCCAAGUAUUCUCUACGGGAGCUGCACCUGUCGUUAACCCAAGGCUUCUGGAGGACUCGAUACUGGGGGACACCCUUCUUGCAGGCCCCAUCAGGUGCAGAGCUGUGGGCCUGGUUCCAAGACACCGUCACUGACGUGGAUGAGUCCUGGAAGGAGCUCAGUAACGUCCUCUCGGGGAUCUUCUGCGCCUCGCUCAACUUCAUCGACUCCACCAACACAGUCACGCCCAGCGCCUCCUUCAAACCCCUGGGGCUGGCCAAUGGCACGGAUCACUCCUUCCUGCGCUACGCGGUGCUGCCUCGGGAGGUCGUCUGUACUGAGAACCUCACCCCAUGGAAGAAGCUCUUGCCCUGCAGUUCCAAGGCAGGCCUCUCCGUGCUGCUGAAGGCCGAUCGCCUGUUCCACACGAGCUACCACUCCCAGGCAGUGCAUAUCCGCCCUGUUUGCAGAGAUGCACGCUGUGCCAGCAUCUCCUGGGAGCUGAGGCAGACCCUUUCCGUUGUAUUUGAUGCCUUCGUCACGGGGCAGGGGAAGCAAGACUGGUCCCUCUUCCGGAUGUUCUCCCGAACCCUCACAGAGCCCUGCCCCCUGGCUUUGGAGAGCCGAGUCUAUGUGGACGUCACCAACUAUAGCCAGGACAAUGAGACAUUGGAGGUGUACCCGCCCCCGCUCACCACGUACCAGGAUGUCGUCCUGGGCACCCGGAAGACCUAUGCCGUCUAUGACCUGCUGGACACGGCCGUGAUCAACAACUCACGCAGCCUCAACCUGCAGCUCAAGUGGAAGAGACCCCCAGGGAAUGAGGCCCCACCCACGCCCUUCCUGUACGCCCAGCGGUACGUGAGCGGCUACGGGCUGCACAACGGGGAGCUGAGCACGCUGCUGUAUAACACCCACCCGUACCGGGCCUUCCCCGUGCUGUUGCUGGACACCGUGCCCUGGUACCUGCGGCUGUACGUGCACACCCUCACCAUCACCUCCAAGGGCAAGGAGAACAAACCAAGUUACAUCCACUACCAGCCUGCCCAGGACCGGAUGCAGCCCCACCUCCUAGAGAUGCUGAUUCAGCUACCGGCCAGCUCGGUCACCAAGGUCUCCAUCCAGUUUGAGCGGGCGCUGCUUAAGUGGACUGAGUACACCCCAGACCCCAACCACGGCUUCUAUGUCAGCCCAUCUGUCCUCAGUGCCCUCGUGCCCAGCGAAGUGGCCGCCCAACCUGUGGACUGGGAAGAGAGUCCCCUCUUCAACACCCUCUUCCCCGUCUCCGACAGCUCCAGCUACUUCGUGCGGCUCUACACGGAGCCGCUGCUGGUGAACCUGCCCACGCCGGACUUCAGCAUGCCCUACAACGUCAUCUGCCUCACGUGCACGGUGGUGGCCGUGUGCUACGGCUCCUUCUACAACCUCCUCACCCGAACCUUCCAGAUUGAGGAGCCCAGCAAGGGCGGCCUGGCCAAGCGGCUGGCCAACCUCAUCCGGCGCGCUCGAGGCGUCCCCCCGCUCUGAGGCGCGCCCUCCUCACAGCCGGGCUGCUCUUUCUCUCCGAGGUGGGCGGUGACUGACCCCCCAAGGCUCUCUCUGCCGCUUGCCCUCCCCCGAGGCAGUUCUUGAGCCAAGCUGACCCCUGGAUUGGGCCAGGGCCUAGAGUGGCGCUGUCAGGACAGUAGCCACGAGCCAGAUGUGUGUUUGAAUUGAAAUUAAUUUAAAUUGAAAGUGUACUUCCUCAGCCGUACGAGCCCCAUUUCAAGGGCUCGGUAACCGGAAGUGAUCAGCAGCUGCAGUCCUGGGCAGCGUGGGCAGGUGUCACCAUCACUGCGGAAAGUUCUGUUGCACGGUGGCCUGGGCAACAGGGUGUGCUGAGGAGUUCGUAUCGCCCUGCGGUAGGUGGAGUUUACUGGGUGUGGAAUAAAAAGUGCCUAAUUCCUUGGUUCUUUGCCUCCUGCCCCUGAGGCCUGGGAAGAGCUGGGGACUAGGCCGUGUUUGCUGGGUGCCUGAGCAGGACCUCCUACCCCAUCCCCUACUCCCCACCAAAGAAACAACCAACCCACCAAAUAAAAUUCCCUUACCUCCUCCCA